AUGUCAUCUGGAUCAUCCCCAGUCAAGAAGGCGGCCAUCCAAGAAAGCGCGGACAGCAGGGGUCCAUCCGAGUUCUCGGAGCGGGAAAUCAAUGAACUCGCCAUCAAGGCCAUCAAUCGACUCUCCGAGACUCGCAAUGCCUUUAUCCACAGCUUCGACGCUUUCUUUAGCCUCCUCAGCAGGCUGAACAUCGUCGCGCGCCCCUUGAGUGUCCAUAAUACCCCAGAGAUCUGGAGGGCCCAUUGGGAGGAGCUCAGAGACGCCAUCGUGGAAGUCUACGAUCUAGCCGACAAUUUGCUUGAUUUGACCUUGCAAACCGAGGAGUACAUCGACACUACAGGAUACGAGGCGCUCUUGGUGGGGACAAACACUUUCCUCGCGGCCAUGAAGGCCCCUCUACCUCAAGCGCUACAUGAUACUCUAGUCGGCAAGGGGAAAGGGGUGGCAAAGUCUAAAUAG